AUGGUCAGAGUCCAUACUGAUGAGCUACAGAUUGGUAAAGGAGCAGCAGGCGCGAGAGGCGACGACACAAAAAUGCUGAAGUCUGCCAUACUUGAUUGGAUUUCCCCAAAAGGGGCAGCAAUCCAGCCUCCUUUGCAUAGGAACUCGAAGAUCGAUCGCGGAUUCAACCACGAGCUUACUGGAUCACUGCUUUGUCCCGCUGGGUUGGAGUGGAGCGAUACAGAAACAAGAGAGAACCUCCGAAGCGGCGAAUUGUCAGUGUGCGGAGAUCAAUGGCCUAUUUUUUUGUUCGCCCAUCAUACGUAUGACACAGAAGACCCGUGGUGUGGGCUUCUUAGGAGCCGCUUACUGGUAUGCGCUUACAAGCACAUUUUCACGUCCCCGAGCUCAGUCGACAAAGAACCAAAAGCCACACGAUCUGGAAAUGCUUGCCUCCAUGGAAUGAAUUCCGUCACAAUUGCGUCUAUUGCUUACGUUGCCACUCAGGUUCGUUCGAUUCGCUCUAAGUUCCUCCUCGGUGUUCUCGCGAACAGACACUACUACGGACUCAGAAACUUUUACCAUAGCCUGCUCAACCUUUUCGAGGACCCUGAUGAAUCAAAGGAGGUCGAGGAGCUGCUGAUAUGUCAAGUCUUUCCAACUUCCUCCGCUGCCAAGCGAUCUGUUAGCGCUAACAGUGCCUUAUUGAAAAUCCGACUCAAGCGCCUUGCGGCCAAGCAGGGGGCAGAUUCGAGCAUGAUCUAUUCGUAG